AUGACCACAACUACAACGGGAGCCGAAGAAGACGCCAUCACCGCCACCGCCACCACCAUGUACGAGUACGAACACAUCAUGACCUUCGACGAGCCCAUGAUGAUGGGCUCGUCCUCCACCGCCGUCGCCACCACCGGCGGCGGCAGCAGCUCGGGCUCGGGAUCCGUCAAGAAGAAGAAGUCGAUCAAGUCGGACGACUCGCUGUCGCUGCGCGGGCCCAUGGAGGUCGACGGGUCCGUCAAGUCGAUGGCGUCCGUGUCCUUUUCGGGGGAUUUCUCCGUGCGUGACCGCAUCGAGGCGUACGAGAAUCUCGAGGUGGAUGGGAAUCUGAGCUGUGGAGGGAAAGUGAAGAGUAUGGGGAAUGUGAAGAUUAGGGGGGCUGUUGUUUGCAUGGACAAAGUCAAAAUCUUCGGCAAACUCAAGAUCAAGGGGACACUCGAAGUGCAUGGAGACCUGGAAGUUUGGGGCAAGCUGACGAUCGAUGGAUAUCUGAAAUGCAGGACUCUGACGGCAUAUGCCUCGCUCACCACCGUCGGCGACCAAUCGUGGUACGAGGUGGAAGAGGGCGAGAAGGUUCAUGGCGCCAAGCUGGUACAACGAUACUGA